CGGCCGCUCAUAUCCCUGUGUUUACAGGCGUCGCUGGGAUAUAAAAGUAAAUCACGAGGGCCUAUAAAAGACAAUAUGGCUUUUAUGUCCGCACAAACAGGACACUCUGAGUCACGAUGCAUGGCCGGAACCACACGUGCUGGCAAGAGCGGGUUUUUGCAACAAUUUACCAAACUCCUACGGGUCUCAGUUUGCAAGAACAAAAACCUUCAGACAGAGCAAGAUUAAGAAUGGUUUAAGAAUGGGUAGUUUGAGUAGGAAAGCAGCGAAG